GGCAUCAUAAAUAUACUGGGACUUGUGGGCUGCAAGUUGGAUAUCAAUCCCCAAGCAGCCAUCAAAAGGUUUAAAUUUGAUAAGCACGGAGAGUUUUUUGCUCAGUCGCGUGCGGUUCCUCGUUGUGAUUUGAUGCUGAUAAACGCAGUACGUCGGCGAUAUGGAGAAUAUGGAGAAGCACAAUGGAGGUUUUGAAGAGGAUAAGCUUUCCGAGCACUCGGAAACAUCGUACACUGAGAACAAAAAAAACACCCUGCAAUUGGUUACCGGAGGGAUAGAUCCUGAGGAGGGCUGCAGCAAUGUUACGCUGAUCGAAUUUAAGCAAAAGUCCAGAUUCUCUGAGCAACUGGAAUGGUACUACUCACCAGCAUACUUGCUCUUCUGGGUCGGACUAUUCUUCGCAGUGUGCUAUCCACUGUUUAACCACCUGCCCACUGGAGUCAAGAUAGAGGAGGAGGCCAACUUACCGGGUACCUUUGUGGCCCAGCGGGCGGAGAGCAUACUGAUCCGGCUGGAUCUUAUGGGCCCCAAGAUAGCGGGGGAUUACGUGACGGAGGUGGAAAUGGUUCAGUUUUUGCUUGGCGAGAUAUCAAAGGUGCGGGACGAGAUGAGAAGCGAUCUCUAUGAUAUGGAGGUCGACGUACAGCGCUCCAGUGGUUCUUUUCUCCAUUGGCAAAUGAUUAACAUGUACCAGGGCAUUCAAAACGUGGUGGUGAAACUGAGUUCCAAGAGUUCCAACAGCACCUCCUACCUAUUGGUCAACAGUCAUUACGACUCCAAGCCCAGCAGAACUGGAUGCUGAGAUGCUGAGUUGAUGGUUGUGACCAUGCUGGAGACACUCCGCUUAAUGGCCACGUCCGAGGAGCCUUUUCUGCACCCAAUAGUAUUCCUGUUUAAUGGCGCCGAGGAGCAGCCCUUUCAUGGUUCACACUCGUUUAUAUCCAACCAUAGAUGGUCGGCGAACUGCAAGGCGUUAGUUAACCUGGAUUCGGCCGGAGCUGGUGGUCGUGAAAUUCUCUUCCAGGGGGGUCCCAACCAUCCCUGGCUAAUGAAGCAAUACAAAAAGAGUGCCAAGCAUCCCUUUGCCACGACAAUGGCCGAGGAAAUCUUCCAGGCGGAUCUGAUACCGUCCGACACAGAUUUCCGUAUCUUCCGUGACUUUGGACCAGUGCCAGGUCUGGACAUGGCUGGUUGCUACAAUGGUUUCGUAUAUAACACCAAGUUCGAUCGCUACAAGUAUAUCCAAUGCGGAGGAAAUGCUCAUUCCGAGGGUCACUCUGUGUUCUUCGACUAUCUGGGUCUUUUCUUCGUUUACUAUACGGAGUCAACUGGCACAGCUCUUAAUAUCUCGUUCUCGCUGGGCGCCAUUCUGGUUAUAUGCCUUUCCUUGUGGCGCAUGGCCAGGGUCACGGAUCGGAGUUUGGGCACCUACGCCCGCGUCUUUGGGAUGCAGUUCCUCCUCGCCAUUCUGGGUUUCUUGCUGGCCCUCGGCUUUCCAUUGCUGAUGUCUGUGUUCUACGAUGCCGGCGAUCGCACCAUGACGUACUUCAGCAACAGCUGGCUGGUCAUUGGUCUCUUCAUCUGCCCCUCUAUUAUUGGCCUAGUCUUGCCUGCGACUCUCUACUUGUCCCUGAGACCCAACGAGAAGAUACCACACACCUAUCACCUGCAGAUCGUAGGACAUGCCUACUGUGUUUUCAUGGCUGUGCUGUGCAUUCUACUAACCAUCGUAGGUAUUCGCACUGCGUAUCUCUUUAUGAUGUGUGUAUUCUUCUACUUGGGAGCUUUGAUCAUCAACCUAGCUACUCGACUUCAUGAUAAAGGCUAUCUUUGGGCUCUGGUGCUUUGUGUGUGCCAGGUACUUCCCUAUCUGUACUUCACCUACCUGUUCCAUGCUCUUCUGGUUAUCACCAUUCCGAUGACGAGUCGCAAGGGCAUGGAUGCUAAUCCCGAUCUGUUGAUCUCCUUGGAGUGCGCGCUGGGCUUUAUUCUGGCAAUGGUGUUUCUGGCUCCUCUGUUGAAUCUCUUCCGGCGACCAAAGGCCAUGGUUGGAGGAUUGACAUUGGUUAUGUUCAUUUUCUGCAUGAUUUCUGUUUCGGAUGUGGGCUUUCCAUAUCGCCCCACAACAAACGUGAUGCGCCUCCACUUUUUGGAGGUACAUCGAAAGUUUUACGAGUUCGACGGGGAGGACAGUGGUUACUACUUCGACUUGCAGGACAGGCGCUUUGAGAAUCCUCUGCUGGAUAAGAUCAAUCUCACUGGAAUUACGCGCGUUGAUGAGUACUGCGAAAACGAGAUAUAUUGCGGCUUGCCGUGCUUUAACCACCGUUGGUGCUCCGCCGUAAAGGAUGCCCGUUGGUUACCUAGGGAUGAGCCCGUCGAUUUGCCUGGUACUCCGGUUUUGCAGUUCCUAAACAAGACUGUAUUGGGAACUGAGUCUGCUCCUAGGGCUCUAUACUACUUUGAAGUGUCAUCGGGGCCGCCGAGAAUGAGUUUCUUUGUACAGCCUCGGGAUGGAGUAAGGAUGCUCAGCUGGUCGUUCCUCAAGGGAAUGCUAGACAAUCCAUCGGUCUACAAGCCGCCAUAUCACAUAUUCUUCGGCUAUGGCAGCGACAAUUCUCCUGUGGAAUUCUAUUUCGAAAUGACAAAGGACGACGGCAACUUUGACGGGCCAGUGGUGGAGCUGGGUAUCUCUGGACACUAUAUGAGUCAUCUGAGUAAACGCGAUGCCACGACCCGAAAAUUCAUUGAAGAUCUGCCGGACUUUGCCCAUCCCAUGGAGUGGCCAAGUUCCUAUGAAAGAUACAUAUUCUGAGAUAGAUCAAAUUACAUAGUAUUAAGAUAUGUAAAAUAAAAUCAAUAAUGAAAGUA